ACUCUGAUAUUGACAUCCCGCCUGCUGAGGUCGGCCUGCCGUCGCUCGGUCGCUCGCUUCAGACCUGCGCUCACUUGAAAAUGGCUUCGUCCUUUUGGAAAGGCGUCGUUGGUCUGGGCCUUUUUGCGUUGGCCCACGCAGCUUUCUCCGCCGCACAGCAUCGAUCAUACAUGCGACUCACAGAAAAAGAGAAUGAAACUCUUCCAAUAGAUAUAGUCUUACAGACGUUAUUAGCAUUUGUGAUUACAUGUUGUGGAAUAGUCCACAUCUCGGGCGAAUUUAAAGACAUGGACGCAUCUUCAGAGCUCAAACACAAGACGUUUGACACGUUGAGGAACCACCCCUCUUUCUAUCUGUUUAACCACCGAGGCAGGGUCCUCUUCAGCUCACCUGAACAAGAGCCUGCAACUGCAACUCCUCAGGCCUUGCCCUCCAAUCCCCUGCGGUUACGCAAGCUGGAGAACUUUCACUGAGACUAGCCUUGAAAGGGCUGCCUUGCCCAUUUUGCCCUUUUUUCUCUGCAUCAGUAAGCUCCUCAGUUGGAAAGGGAAGAGAAACCUAUUUUCCCUUAACUCCUCUUUGUGCAUAUGUGAAUAUGCUGUACAAAUCUGCAUCUCUUCAUCAACGUGGUUACUACUUUGAAGUCUAAUGACUGUGCCAACUCCUUAUUUUUUUUCCAACUGAUACAUUUGUAAAUAUGUGUUAUUGCUUGGGAGUCUUAAGGGUCUGAAAUAUACAUCUGUACCCCUUCAGAUGGCACACAGAGAAAAGUGAUGUCAUACUGCUGUUGCACAAAGGGGCACAAAUCCCAUUACCCAUAUGGUUUGGUUUGCCACAAUUCCUGCUGUGUUGCCAUGUUUUCCUCUGUGACCUGCUCAAAGGAGGUUAAUGCUAUGGACCAUUAAUUGGAUGUGUGUUCACAUAUGGUAUUCCUGACUGACGGACUUCAGAAUAGAGUUUGGUAUGCAAAUAAUAUUUAAGGUUAGAGAAAUCACUAACAGGAUGUCUAGUCAGGAAAAAGAAAAGUAAAAAGGUUUAACACCAUUAACAAUACUGUGAACGCACAAAUAAUGGUACACCUGUCUUUCGUGGGUGGGAGCAUAGUUUUUCCGUUUUGUUAUGAUGCAUCUGACUUAUUUUUAACUUAAUGAAAUAAAAACUGAGAUUUUAUUGAUGAA